AUUGAGCGCCAGCGCCGCGGCCGCCGUGGGGUGCUGUGCGUCGGCGGAGCGGGUGGCCAUGUGGAGCCUCGGCGGCCUGCGCCUGGCGGCUGGACAUUGUCUUAGGUUAUAUGAAAGAAAUGCUUCCUCGUCUCUAAGGUUUACCAGAAACACUGACUUGAAGAGGAUCAAUGGAUUCUGCACCAAGCCACAGGAAAGUCCCAAAACUCCAACCCAGUCUUACAGACACGGGGUGCCGCUGCACAAGCCCACAGAUUUUGAGAAGAAGAUCCUGCUGUGGUCAGGCCGCUUCAAGAAGGAGGAAGAGAUCCCAGAGACAAUCUCAUUUGAGAUGCUUGAUGCUGCGAAGAACAAGCUCCGGGUGAAGGUCAGCUAUCUAAUGAUUGCCCUGACCGUGGCAGGAUGCAUCUAUAUGGUUAUUGAGGGCAAGAAGGCUGCGAAAAGACAUGAGUCUUUAACAAGCUUGAACCUGGAAAGGAAAGCCCGUCUGAGAGAGGAGGCAGCUAUGAAGGCCAAAACAGACUAGAAGUAUUUGGAAAACCCAGGAGUAAGGCUGCAACAAGAAACCUGCUUUACAAAGGAUACAAUCUGAGACUCACUUUGCAGACAUGUAUUUUGCACAGAUGUAUUCCACUUCCCUAUUAAUGCUGUAGAGGAACAAAUACAUUUUCUUAAAGAAUG